AAUUAGCCCAUCGGGUGACAGUAAAAUCGCUCACCUUUUUCUUCCGGGAGGGGAGGUCUGGACUCUGGACUGAGCAGUUGGUUCGCUGCUGCAAAUUGUGCCGCUCACGCCGACGAGCAUCUCCUCCCACCGUCGCCUCAAUCUCCGGUGCCAGGUGUUAGGCAGAGGUUGCUGGGAACUGGCAAUCAUGGCCAAGGGCUGGAUAUUCUCUGCUUUGCUAGUGGUGUCUCUUGUGAUGGCUCCUGCUUGUGAGGCGUUCUACUUGCCAGGUAGUUACAUGCACACGUACCGGCAAGGCGAGGAGAUAGGAGCAAAGGUGAACUCGCUCACAUCCAUCGAGACAGAACUGCCUUUCAGCUACUACAGCCUCCCAUACUGCCGUCCUAAGGGUGGGAUAAAGAAGAGUGCUGAAAAUCUGGGGGAGCUCCUUAUGGGUGACCAGAUUGAUAAUUCCCCUUACCGUUUCCGUGUCAAUGUCAAUGAAUCGCUCUACCUGUGUACCACGAGCCCACUUGAUGAGGAUGAUGUGAAGCUCCUCAAGCAGCGAAGCCAGGACCUCUACCAGGUGAACAUGAUUCUUGACAAUCUUCCUGUGAGGAGGUUUACCGAGCAGAAUGGAAUGACCAUUCAGUGGACAGGCUAUCCAGUUGGUUAUACCCCAGAAGGUACCUCCGACGUCUACAUCAUUAAUCACCUGAAAUUUAAAGUCUUGGUCCAUAAGUAUGAAGGAGGUAAAGUGAGGGUCGUUGGAACUGGGGAAGGAAUGGAAGUGAUCUCAGACACUGACACUGACACUGACACUGAUGCCAAGUCUGGGUAUGAGAUAGUGGGAUUUGAGGUUGUCCCAUGCAGUGUGAAGCGUGAUCCUGAAGCCAUGUCGAAGCUUACGAUGUAUGAAAAGGUUGAUUCUGUGAGCUGCCCUGUGGAGUUGGAGAAAUCUCAAAUGAUCAGGGAGAAGGAGCAGAUUACCUUUACAUAUGAGGUUGAAUUUGUAAACAGUGACAUCAGAUGGCCAUCACGGUGGGAUGCAUACCUGAAGAUGGAGGGUGCGAAAAUUCACUGGUUCUCAAUUAUGAACUCGUUGAUGGUGAUACUGUUCUUGGCUGGCAUUGUUUUUGUCAUAUUAUUGCGGACAGUGAGGAGGGACUUGACUAGAUAUGAGGAGCUGGAUAAGGAGUCCCAAGCUCAGAUGAAUGAGGAGCUCUCUGGGUGGAAGCUGGUUGUUGGAGAUGUUUUCAGAGAGCCAACCUCAUCAAAGCUGUUUUGUGUUAUGAUUGGCGACGGGGUUCAAAUUCUGGGUAUGGCGAUUGUCACCAUUUUCUUUGCCACCUUUGGAUUCAUGUCUCCUGCGUCUAGAGGAAUGCUGUUGACAGGGAUGAUAUUCCUUUAUAUGCUACUUGGAAUUUUGGCCGGAUAUGCUGCUGUUAGGCUCUGGAGGACUGUAAAAGGAACUUCUGAGGGAUGGAGGUCUGUCUCCUGGUCAACUGCCUGUUUCUUCCCUGGCAUUGUCUUCAUUGUCCUCACUGUAUUGAACUUCAUGCUGUGGUCAAGAAAUAGUACUGGAGCCCUUCCCAUUUCACUUUUCUUCACUCUUCUCUCCUUGUGGUUCUGUAUCUCUGUGCCACUUACCCUUCUAGGUGGUUUCCUUGGAACAAGGGCUGAGCCAAUUGAAUUCCCCGUUCGAACCAAUCAAAUACCAAGAGAAAUCCCUUCAAAGAAUUACUCAUGGCUCCUCAUAUUUGGUGCUGGAACUCUACCUUUCGGAACACUCUUCAUUGAGCUCUUCUUCAUUCUCUCAAGCAUCUGGCUCGGAAGGUUCUAUUAUGUGUUUGGGUUCCUCCUUGUUGUGCUCCUUCUGUUGGUUGUGGUAUGCGCUGAGGUAUCUGUUGUUCUCACGUACAUGCAUCUCUGUGCUGAGGACUGGAGGUGGUGGUGGAAAGCUUUCUUUGCCUCUGGAGCAGUGGCAUUUUAUGUGUUCCUCUACUCUAUCAACUACCUGGUGUUUGAUCUCAGAAGCUUGAGUGGGCCAGUUUCUGCUACGCUCUAUAUUGGAUACGCUUUCAUUGUCUCUCUUGCCAUUAUGCUAGCUACUGGGACUGUUGGGUUCCUGACAUCAUUCUCUUUUGUUCACUACCUUUUCUCGAACGUCAAGAUUGAUUGAAGGCAAAUCUCCAAGGAGUCAAGGACUGUACACAGUGCUUUGAUCUGGCAUCGGAAGGCCAUCUACACGGUUGUGCCAUUCUUAAUGUAGCAUAUUACUGAGAGUCUUGAUACUGUUGUACUACGAUACAUCUGGUAUGUUCUAGUAGAUGUGAUUUUAAGCCUGUAAUAUUUUUCUCUUCUCUUUGCUGCAACAUUUGUUGAUGCAAAUGCGCUCUUAAAAAUCUUGAAUUUUGCCGUGUUA